CCAAGACGAGCGAUUCUAUUGGCCCCAACCCCUGUCAGUAAUACCGGUAGCGCUGGGAUUAUCAUUGUUCUUAUGCAACAAGGCUGCGCCGUAAUGUUGCCGCUGAGAGAUUCUUUCUCUAAUGCACGCUAGGGGUUUGCUGACCUGAAACAAUGUCACGUUAGCUAGACAUGAACAAAAUUCCGUUCCCACUGCGUAAGCGCUACAAUCAAACCUAUCCUCUCCCAUACAUGAGUUCGAAAGAUUGCGAAAGCAAGCAAUGUUCUUAGCGACGCGCCAGUUGUUUCUUCUGGGAACAGCCGUGAGUCUUCUGCUGCUGCUGUGGUACACGCAGAGAAUCUUUGUAUCACGCGACCGAGAGACUUGGACGGUUUGGCGGCCGGCCACAACCCUGACACCAACACCGACACCAACAACGACGCCGGUUGAGCUAGUCCCAAUUAUCCCCAAGUCUUCCGUACAGAGUGCAGGCAAUAGCACACUAGGUUUUCAAUCCAUCCUCACACUUUCCACCGGCCCUUCAUGGCGCACGAGAGGAUUACUGGCCGCAGCAAAUCUGACGGGAUUGGAUAUUCAGAUUCCACCGCAGCCGCCAAUCAACCCCAAUCUCGUCGAUGCGUUCGAGCACUUGGGGCCUGACGAUGUCCAACACCCAAGCCAUGGUGCAAGUAUCGCCUGGCUGGCGCAUCUUGAUUUGAUUAAAUACACCAUCCAAGCGAACCUAGAUACAGUCCUCAUCAUCGAAGACGACGUCGACUGGGAUGUGUCCAUCCGGUCGCAGAUGGUCGAAAUUGCGGAAAGUGUACGCAACCUAACCCAUGUCGAUGAUCUUGACCAGGAUCCCGCACCGUACGGCCGGGACUGGGAAGUCCUCUGGAUCGGCCAUUGCGGCGAGUACUGGGAAGAGCAGUUCGAAACGAUCCUAUAUGACGAUCCCACUGCAUGCCCCCAUAGUGACUAUUUCGGCUGGGCGAAGCCGUACAUUGAUCGUUUGCCGGACCGUCAACGCGCCGUAUACCGGUCGUUUAACCCCGUGUGUUCAUUUGCAUAUGCCUUGUCCCGAGAGGGCUCUCGGAAGGUAUUAGAACUGUUGGGUGGGGCACGAGACGAGGCCUUCGAUGUGAGUAUGAUGCAUGCUUGUAAGGCGGGUCAUCUCAAGUGUAUCUCCGUUGUGCCCGAGGUUGUGCAUCAGUAUUUUCCAGCCCAGUCAUUUGGUGUGAAAAGUGCUGUGGAUAUUGGGAAUGGUCAAGAGCCUGGUCCGGAGGAAACUGAAUUUGAACAUGUAAUGGGGUCGACGGAGAAUAUUCUUGACAGUGCACGGUGUCGUGCGUUAUGGGGCCAGCCGUGUUUGAGAAAGGAGUGAUUUACGCCGAGUAGAUAAUAAUCUGAUCUUGUAGUAUAAUGCCCGAUUGUGUGAUACCCUCUCGUACAUAAAAGUGGCGGGCAAGCGUCGACGUGGGUAACUUCUGUCAUAUAAAUUCAACCCCGCAUUUGCUG